CGUCCGCUGUUCCCUCUUUGCAUUGGCCGUAUGCUGAUUCAUCCCGUCUACCUUCAUGUCGCCAUAACUGGACGUCAUACACUCCCACUGCACUGAUGGUUAAUAGAAACAUAACGUAUAUAUUAGCCAUAGCAACCAGAACCACCUGAGUAGGUUCUUAUUCUGGCUGAAGCUCACAUGGAUCAUCUGAAGCCAGUGUUCGCCACACUGUGGCUGGUUAACGCGAUCAUUUUAACAGAGGCACAGACUUCCAGAAAAAUAAACUGUUUAGAUGAUCAAUUCAAGGCAAAUGGAGUAAUAAACAAUAUCAGGGUGACAUGUUGUAUACCGAAUACUUUAAGAGGAAGAGCACGCUGUACAAUAAACAGUGGCUAUACCACAAAUGCCACCAAACCAACUACCACGACGCAAAGACAAGUUACAAUCAACACACAAUUUAUAACUAGAACUAGAACAAUUAUCAACAUCACUGCAAUCCCGCCCAGGACCACACCAUUUACAACCACCACCAACCUAACCACUACCACUGCCACACCAAUCACUACUACAGACGAAGAGGAAAACGAGGGGUCGGGUGAUGAGACCAACACGGGGACUGUUGAGGAAGGGCAGGAUCUGGAAAAUCCGGCCACCACCGGAUUGUCCAUUGGAAUACCGCUUGUGGUGCUGGCUGCUGUCGUUGUGGCGGUAUUACUAAUCAGAUUGAGAUACAAACGAAAAAAGGAAGCAACUGUUGGUGAUGUUACCAACUUGACAGGUAACGGUCGGGUAUUUGUCAAACCCACUAUGGGAGGCACCAGUUCGCAAAAUGAUGGAGAAUAUCAAGAUUUCGAAAAGAAUGUUCGCACCUCCCCUCCUGUUGAAACUUAUGACAGCCUCCAUCUCUAUGGAAACACGGUUGAACCCCCACAUGCGUAUGAACAAGUACCUGAAAAACGAGAUCCGCCGUCGUAUGAGGCUUUGCACGUGUACAGCAACUCCCAGGUACAACAGAGGGAUUAUGACAUUCCCACGCCGCGUGUUUUGUACGCAAACCUUCAAGUGCAUAGCCAAAACAAAAGGUGAAGCAUACUUUGCAGUUUCUAACUGGAUUUGGACGAGGAAAAUCCGAAUUUCCAGAGACGAUACGUCAAGAGCAAAUAAAUGUAUACUCGUAUAUUUUUAAAGUGCGUCUGUGAAAAUUUUAUGUAACCUUGAUGGAUAUUCCUGAGGAGUAAUGUAUCAGUAAAUCACGUUCAUUAACCCAUCUGUGGAAAUGUCCAUUAUACGUACAUGGAAAAUGACUGGGAUUACCGAAAAUAUUUGGAGAAAAUAAUUUCAGAGGAAACAACAUUAUUUGAUUAUUUUAAGAUAUUAACGCAUAUGGGAAAUUACUGUAAACUACGUUAAUAUUUGAAGAGAAGAUAUUGGAGGAAAACUACUUCAAAAGUGUGUAUUUUCAUGUAAAUUCUGUUAAAUACUGAAGAGAGUCAGAUAACUACUUUAAAUUUAAAGCGUGUUUGUAGAUAGUGAUUGAAAAACAUGUUUUGAAAACUACCUCAAAUUAUCGCGUUUCUCAGCGAUAAUAUCUAUAAAAAACUUGUUAAUAAUGUUUGGAGGAGUAUUCGUCUAUAAAAACUAUCAACAUUCAUUUUCGAAGACACUUCUUAGCAAACGAUUGGAUAUUACCUGUAUAUAGAUGAAAGAUGUAUUGGAACAAUAAGACACUUCAUGUAUACCUUUCAGAAAAUGGUUACGACUUUUAUAUUUUUUAUCAAAAGUUGGGUAACUUAUAUUUCACUAAUGCUAAAUGUAUAGAAUGUAUUAUAUGGAUUGCAGUGUCAAGUUAAGUUGAACUUUAUUGUGGUUUUAUUGAAUUCCAUGUGCAUUACCCAUAGGUCCCUAGAUAAUGUAUGUGCGAUAUUUAUGCACAUUUGUCUUUAUAUUUAUUUAUAUACAUGCCAAACGAGUUUCCACAGGCAAGCCACCCCCUCCCACCCACAUUUUUCAGUUAGCGCCGUUUUGACCAAAGAAUAGAGUAAUGUUCCUGCUCAUACUGAUUAAUGCAAUCAAUAAAUUGUAAAAAGUUGCACGAAAUUGUUUCUUUUAGAAGUAAACAAUAUCAUAACAUUCCCGUCAGUACACCAUGCAAAAGUAUGGUAACAGCAUUGCAAAAAUCUUAUUUAUUCAUAGUUCCUCAAAAUAUUAAAACAUUAUUUAUAAUAAAAUCGAGAUUUUUAACAAGGAAAAUUGACGGGGGAAAUUGGACAAAAUGAAAAUGUUGAAAAGAGGGCAAUUACUCUUUAAUUGUGCAGUCAUCAGACGUUUUUAUAAACAAACUCAUGUCUUCAUAAAUUUCAAUAAUCUCACAAAGUGAAAUGAAGUCAAAUAAAAGUAAAUACAUAAAUUUAUUUUUUUGCAAAAUAUACAAAAUAUGGAUACAUAUAUGUAUAAAACAUUUACAUAUAUUUUAUUAAUUAUACUCAAAAGAAAUAAUAGCAUGCCUUUCUAAAAUAAUUGAUCCAUUUCCAUCACUUCUGUGGUGUAUAACUGAUUACCUGGUACUGUAAUUGUACUUACUUUAUCGGUAAUUUCAUUUUCGAUCUUCCCACAAUGCGUCAUUCUACUAAGCAGUGAUUUUGCUAAAUGCUAUUUCCAUACGGUGUUUU